AUGUCAAAUCCGAACCAAGGAUUUCUUCGUGGCCUUUGGAACGAGUAUUGUCGGUGCUGCUCCAUCUAUGCGGUGCGACAUUUGAAUGCAAAUGUCCACAUCGCUGAACGCACUUGGUGGUUCUCGUGGAUUUUCGCCGGGAUAUUAGCAUGCGUACUGGCCAUGGUUACUCUGCACGGAAAGUGGAACCAGAGUCCAGUCGUCAUUAGUUACGGUCGCAAAUUGCUCCCGGUUUGGGCCAUUCCGUUUCCCGCUAUCACUGUUUGUCCGCUGAGUCGAGUGCAGGUGAAGUUUUUCAAUUCCACUGAUGUGUUUGUCCGACUACAUGGCGAAAAUAUAAGCGACGAUGAGUACUUGAGACUUCGCGCGUUGUUACACUUUUGCCCCUACAUGACGGGCUUCUAUGAAUACAACGAUUCACUAGCUGUAAACUAUGUCGACAUAUUGGAUCAAAUUGCAAUUCCUUUCGUGGAUAUGUUUUCCACUUGUAGUUUCAGAAAAUAUUCCUUGGAUUGCAGUGCCAUUUUUUCCCGUUCGUUAACUGAAAUUGGAAUUUGCUACACUUUCAAUGCCGUCGAUGCUGAAGAUCUGCUAAGAACCGAUAAUCUUCAGCGUGACUAUUUGUAUUCUAAUGCGUACUACGACGGUUCAAUAAACUGGACACUGCAAGACGGGUAUGUCAAUCCAUUUGAUUUAUACGCGUACCCUCUUCGUCCUGUCGGAGGAGGUUUGACCACAGCUUUAGUGUUAGUUUUAAGAACCAUAAAAAAGGAUAUAGAUUAUUUCUGCGAGGGUGCUGUUAACGGAUACAAAAUUGUCAUUCACUCACCAGACGAAAGGCCUUCUUUUCAGAGUAUAUUCUACAGAUUGCCUCAUCACAGUGUGUUGACGAUAAAUGUGCAACCAGAGUUAACAUAUAUAUCCCGGGAUCUGAGGAAACAUCCCUAUACUAGACGACAGUGUUACUUCAGCGGUGAACGAUAUCUGCGAUACUAUAAGAUAUACAACCGAAACAAUUGCCUUGAUGAAUGCAUUUCGAAUAUAACCUUUCGCGAGUGUGGCUGUGUUGGAAUUGCCUCCCCUCGAAGUCCGGAUAUGUCUGUCUGCGAUGGAGCGGAUUUAUUUUGCCCAAGAAUAUUUUUGAACAGGUUUCUAGAACGAUCAGAUCUUGACACUAUCCUCCGGAUGCCGUGCGGUUGCCUUCCAGCCUGUACAACAUUGAGUUAUAAUGUGGAAAUAUCGAAUUUGCCAUGGAACUUUGAAGCUUUCGGAAGAGCCACCGGUGCUUCUACUGAAAAAUAUGACUACCUGGACCCAGCUGUGUUGGUGGUAGCUUAUAAAUACAAAUGGUUUCUCCCGUUGAAGCGUCAGGAGCUGUUCGGUGUGGUGGAUAUGCUAGCCAAGUUUGGUGGAUUGUUUGGCCUUGUAAUGGGUGCCAGCCUGAUCAGUUUGCUCGAAUUGGUUUACUAUUGUGUCAUCAGACCGUGGCGAAACGAUUACCCAGAAGCAAAUGUCCCACAGGUUCUACCGUGGGUAGAUUGA